CAGAGACAUCCCGAUCUUCCACAGUGGCAGCAGCAUUGUUGCACCAUUCUAGGGUCUCAUCAAGUCGGCUCUAUUACGUUACCGGAUCGUUGCCAAGCUUUAGGUUGUCCGUAUCUCGAUCCAGCGGUCUGCCCUGGCUUUGUUCCCAAGCUGCCGAAGUGCAUUUGCUCUUGUUAGACACGUAACUUAAUUACUUGUGGCGCUCUCUUUGCACUCAAAGCCACACAGGAUCCACACUCAACCUCCGUCUCAAGAGACAACACUAUCGGUGAGACCACAGUAGUUCUUUCGACGAGGAAUUCAUAAUUUGGCGCCGACGUUCGGAGGCUGUCGGCUGCCGUUCCCUACGAUUGUUUUUCGCCGCUGCAGCAGGCAAUAUGGCGACAACAGCAGGUCACAACUGGGCCCAGCUGAGGCAACAGGCCCGGGCAUUGGAGGCACAGACCGAGACAUAUCUGCAAACAUAUUCGCAGUUCUCUACGCAGACGAGCAUACCGCCGAAGCCGACGAAGGAGGAGAAGAAUACCGAGACAAAACUGCAAGAGCUGCUAGACAAGCGCGAAGGCGUCAUUGCCCAGCUCGGCCGGCUUCUCGAUUCCGAAGCGACGCUGACCGCCUCAGCGCUGAAGCAGAACAACCUGGCACUACUGCGCGACAAGCUGGCGGACCACCGGCGCGACCUGGCGCGGCUGCGGGGGGCGCUCAAGGAGGCGCGCGAGCGGGCCAACCUGCUGGGCAGCGUGCGGGACGACAUAUCGGCCUACCGCGCGGCCAACCCGGCGGCGGCCGAGGCCGAGUACAUGCUGGACGAGCGGGCGCGGCUGGACCGCAGCCAUGACGUGGCCGACAGCGUGCUGAGCCAGGCGUACGCGGUGCAGGACAGCUUCGCGCUGCAGCGCGAGACGCUGGCAAACAUCAACCGCCGCAUCACGCACGCCGCGAGCCACGUCCCGGGGAUCAACACGCUGAUUGGGCGCAUAUCGAGCAAGAAGCGGCGGGACGGCAUCAUCAUGGGGUCGUUUAUCGCGUUUUGCUUCCUCGUUUUUUGGUUCUUCCUGUGAAAGUGAUGGGGGGGAGCGCAUGCUCGCACUAUGGGAUGGAGGUUAUGUUUAAUUCGAGUUCAAAGGGAACGCCGACGGGCCACACACACUGUAUCAAACUUUGUUUUCUCCCUAUUUAGGAAAGCAUGGCAUGGAAUUGGGGGUUCAGGGCGUCUGGAGUUGGGUCUACGAUAGCACGGAUCCUUUGCUUGGAAUAUUUGAUCAAGUAUGGUUUACUCGAACAUGGCAUGCCAUUUGAGUUCUAUUCCAGUCUUUUCUUCCAUCGAUUCUUACAGUCAUUAUGGGUAUUCUACAGGAGGGGCGUUACUGACCAAAAUGGGGUAUCACAGUCCGCGGUCCA